AUGGCCGCGCUCGGCCGGCCGUUCAGCGGCCUCCCCCUGAGCGGCAGCUCGGACAUCCUACAGCCGCCUCCGGCCUUCGCCGGCCGGGCCUUCCCCUGCUAUUUUUCAGGUCGUUGUAAAAAGAAACACAAGCGAGAGGAGGAAGAGGAUGAUGAUUGUCCAGUAAGAAAGAAAAGAUUAACAGAAGCAGAGCUUUGUGGUGGUCCUAAUGACUGGAUUCUUUGUGCACAUCAGGAUGUAGAGGGUCAUGGACUAAAUCCAUGCCCUAGUGGCCUUUCUGUACCUGGCAUGUUAGAUGUUAUUUGUGAAGAAAUGGAUCAGACAACUGGAGAACCCCAGUGUGAAGUUGCUCGAAGGCGGCUUCAGGAGAUUGAGGACAGGAUAAUUGACGAAGAUGAAGAAGUUGAAGCUGACAGAAAUGCCAACCAUCUCCCCAGUCUUGUCCUUUCUGAUACCAUGAAAACAGGUUUGAAGAGGGAAUUUGAUGAAGUCUUUACAAAGAAAAUGAUUGAGUCCAUGAGCCGUCCCUCCAUGGAGCUUGUGCUCUGGAAACCUCUCCCUGAACUCCUUUCUGAUAAGCCAAAGCCAUCAUCUAAUGCUAAGAACUAUGCAGGAGAGAGCCAAACUAAGCAUGCAGUUGCUGGCACUACCUUCCCUCAGAGAACUGAACUGUUCUUGGAACCUCGGCAAACAGGGAUGCCUCUUUACAAUAGUGUGGAGACAGCUGCUAGCACAGAAGAAGAGAUGGAACUCUAGAACCAGUUUCUAUACUAAAGUUCUCAAGUUUUA